AUGGCUCAACGUGUUACUUACAGAAGAAGAAAUCCAUACAACACCCGUUCUAACAAGAUCAAGGUCGUCAAGACCCCGGGUGGUGUUUUGCGUGCCCAACACAUCAAGAAGUUGGCCACCAGACCCAAGUGUGGUGACACCGGUGUCCCAUUGCAAGGUGUCUCCACCAUGAGACCAAGACAAUACGCUACUGUCUCCAAGACCCACAAGACCGUCUCCAGAGCCUACGGUGGUGUUCUUUGUGCCAACGCUGUCAAGGAAAGAAUCGUCAGAGCUUUCUUGAUCGAAGAGCAAAAGAUCGUCAAGAAGGUUGUCAAGGAACAAGCCCAGUCUGCCAAGCAAACCGGUAACAAGAAGUCCAAGAACAACAAGAACUAA